GCCAGAGGGUGAAAAUUGGGAAAGGAACAUCAGGUCGUAGGUACCGCUCCUGGGCGAAUGCGCCGAGGCGCGACCGGGUGACGGUAUGACGGUAUGUCAGGAGCAGGUUGAUGACCCGGGGGCGAGGCUCUUGGAGGAGUCCGGCUGGGGCUGCACGAUGAUCCAUGCACGACUUUCUGAGGUCGGGACUGAUUUUUAUUUUCUCCCGGCUCUACACAGGUGGAAACUGAGGCUCCAGGAGGUUGUCAUUUGCCCAGAGCCACCAGCUGAAAGGGACUUGAAUCAGGGAAGGGGUGCAGCAGGCACCAGCGUGGAGGGCAGUCCCACUCACGUCUUCCACUUCUCCCUUUGCAUAGCGGGGGGAAAAAGCCUGGAACAGUCAUAGGCUCUAGGGCCCUCAACUGGGGCGAGAGCCCCCCGCCCCAAAUCGGGCUGGACAUGCCUCGAGUCACGUCUACGAGUGGCGGCUGGUGAGCGAUUAAGCCGAGAGGCUGAAAGCUCUGCUAGGUGACCUCAGGCCUGGGCCCUGCCUCUGGACCUCUUUUUCCCUCUUUGCUCCCGGGGUCCUCGAGAGACCAGCUUUGACCGCCUCAGGGCUUCAGUUUCUCCCCGGGGUCCGCGAGGGAGUGAGGCAGCGUGGGGCAGCCGGCGGUGAGCAGGGGCGUUUGUUAUUUUGCUCCACGCUAGGGCAGAGUCACGCCCCUUGUCGCGCUAUUGGUGGAGUCCCUUCAGGGGGCGGGGGAGAGACGGUGACCCCGCCCCCCGCCCUGCCGUAUAAAAGCGGCGCCGACGCACGGCGCGGGUAUUUUCUGCUCGGGCUGGUGAACGCGCCUGCGUGUUGCGGGCGAUUUUGCGUUCUGAGGCUGCAGCGUCGGCACCUUGAGCUGCCGGUUCACGGGUUCGAGGCCAGGUUCCGCGUGUCGUGGGUUCGCACCCCGGACGCGAUGCUAUUCGACAAGGUGAAAGCGUUCUCGGUGCAAUUGGACGGUGCGACCGCGGGCGCCGAGCCCGUGUUCAGCGGCGGCCAGGCCGUGGCGGGCCGGGUGCUGCUGGAGCUGGCAAGCGCCGUACGCGUGGGUGCCCUGAGGCUGCGCGCGCGGGGCCGCGCGCAUGUGCACUGGACCGAGUCGCGCAGCGCGGGCUCGAGCACGGCUUACACGCAGAGCUACAGUGAGCGCGUGGAGGUCGUGAGCCACCGUGCCACGCUCCUGGCGCCAGAUACUGGGGAGACCACCACGCUGCCUCCUGGGCGCCAUGAGUUCCUGUUCAGCUUCCAGCUGCCCCCGAACCUGGUGACAUCCUUCGAGGGCAAACAUGGUAGUGUCCGCUACUGUAUCAAGGCAACCCUGCACCGGCCCUGGGUCCCAGCACGCCGGGCAAGGAAGGUGUUCACUGUCAUCGAGCCUGUGGAUAUCAACACGCCAGCCCUGCUGGCACCUCAAGCGGGGGCUCGGGAAAAGGUUGCCCGAUCCUGGUACUGUAACCGUGGCCUCGUCUCCCUUUCGGCCAAGAUCGACCGGAAGGGCUACACCCCAGGAGAGGUCAUCCCUGUCUUUGCCGAGAUCGACAACAGCUCCACACGUCCUGUGCUGCCUCGGGCAGCCGUGGUGCAGACACAGACGUUCAUGGCCCGAGGCGCCCGAAAGCAGAAACGGGCGGUGGUGGCCAGCCUCGCAGGAGAGCCGGUGGGCCCCGGGCAGCGGGCGCUGUGGCAGGGCCGGGCACUGCGGAUCCCCCCAGUAGGUCCUUCCAUCCUGCACUGCCGUGUUCUGCAUGUGGACUAUGCACUCAAGGUCUGUGUGGAUAUCCCGGGAACGUCCAAGCUGCUGCUGGAGCUGCCACUGGUGAUUGGCACCAUUCCCUUGCACCCUUUUGGCAGCCGUUCUUCCAGCGUGGGCAGCCACGCCAGCUUCCUGCUGGACUGGAGGCUGGGGGCCUUGCCGGAGCGGCCUGAGGCUCCUCCUGAGUACUCGGAGGUGGUAGCCGACACUGAGGUGGCAGCCUUGGGGCAGAGCCCCUUCCCACUCCCGCAGGACCCCGAAAUGAGCCUUGAAGGCCCAUUCUUCGCCUACAUCCAAGAGUUCCGCUACCGCCCACCACCCCUGUACUCUGAGGAGGAUCCAAACCCACCCUCAGGGGCCAUGAGGCCGCGCUGCAUGACUUGCUGAACGGCACAGGGACCCCGUGAGGAACAAGGAUGCACACCGGCUUUCAGCCAUCGUGACUGUGGGGAGCGGCUGGACCAAGGGCUGACCUCCCCGACUGCAUUUAAGCUGGGAAACCAAGUCUCAGAGUGAGGCGGGGCCUUUCGGAUAUCACGUGGGACAGAGGAAGAGCCCAGCUGGAGUCUGACUUAUCUGGACCGCCACUGUCCUUGUGAGGCACGGAAUGUCCAGUGCAGUAUCCCAGGGACUGUUUAAUAACCUGUCCUCCCAGCCUGUCGGCAGUGCUGGAGUCCACCAGGAGCCUUCAGUCUGGGAGAAACAGAGCCAGACAUAGACAAUUCCAGCAUCACGAAACCAGAAGAAGAGACCUGCAGCUGUGAGAAUCCAGACAGGAAGCAGAGAUGGCAUCCCUGCGGAAAGGGCAUUUUAGCUGAGGCUUUGGACUACACACAGGAGCUCAGCAGGCAGACGAAUGAGGAAGAAAAGUCAGAGAAGGUCAGAGCCGAGUGACGUUUGGAAUCCACCCCAUUUAUUGUAGAACUGGGGGUUCAGAGGGCAGGUGCCUGAAAGUCGAGGCCACACAGUGAGGUCCGGUGGGUGAAAGGACCCAGGAACGAGGCGUUCAGGAAAGCAGGUUGUCGGAGCUAUGUGGGGUCUGUGGGUGGCAGGGGCAGCCGCUCCAGCCUUUGAAGACUUUGAAAGCCAGAGAUUCCUGGCGCAGGCUUGGACUUCCUGGGAGCUCCUCCAGGUACCCAGGAGCAUCGGAGCUGCCUGGGUGUUCCAUGGCCCAGGGAACCCAGGUUCAGGGUAGGACAGGCAAGACCAGAUACCUAACGUGCAAAGUGAAAACACUGGGGUCCCCGUUAAAUGAUGAAGAAUUCAAGACAGUGACAACAUUACGUCAUACCUGGGGACAGAGGUCAGCCUAAGGUGACAGCCGGGGACUACUGUGCUUCCCGGAGGCUCCUUGUGUCCUGGAGGAGAAGAGCACUCGAGGGGGCCACUGGACAAGCUCCCAACUGCAGGGUGCCAGCGCUGGCUGGGGCAGGGCCCCGGGCUGGAACUCAGCAUUUCUGAUAUGCCUUAAGAAAUCAUUGUUUUGUACAAUUAUUUUUUAAAAGUAAAUGUGUGGAGAAAGAAA